CCGGAUCGAUGUCAUUGCCGUCUGAAACUCUGGAUCAUUCUGUCGAGCAAGCAGGCAGACCUCUCGCCUACCAAAAUCUCCCUUCCUGUUUCUAAGGAGCGACAGUUCGCCGCUCCAAAAACGUUAAGGCGGGCGGCGACGCGAAAAGCCAUUCCAUGGUGGCCCUUUCCUUCACUCGCUUCGUCGCCAUCUCUCUUUCUAGCGGGGUGUUGGUGUUAGGUUAUAGCAUAAACGGCCUUGCCUGAGAGAGGGAGGGGCUUUCUAUGGCAAUGGAGGAACCAGGGCAGCUUCAACGGGCGCUAAUUGAUGCCACAGCUGGAGCAUUCGCUGGUGCUAUAUCGCGCACAGUUACCUCGCCGCUUGAUGUUAUUAAGAUCAGAUUCCAGGUUCAACUAGAGCCCACAUUUACACGGGCUUUGGUUCGUGGAAAUAUUGGUGAAUCAUCAAAGUACACUGGAAUGUUGCAAGCAACAAAGGAUAUAUUUAGAGAGGAAGGUUUGCCGGGUUUCUGGCGUGGCAACGUCCCUGCUUUACUUAUGGUUAUGCCAUACACUGCCAUACAAUUUACAGUGUUACACAAAUUGAAAACUUUUGCAGCUGGUUCUUCAAAGUCAGAGAAUCACAUUCACUUGAGUCCGUACCUCUCUUAUGUCAGUGGGGCAUUAGCAGGAUGUGCAGCUACAGUUGGAUCAUAUCCAUUCGAUCUUCUAAGAACCAUAUUGGCUUCACAAGGUGAACCGAAGGUCUAUCCAACAAUGAGAUCUGCAUUUGUUGAUAUCAUCAGAACUCGUGGCUUUAGAGGCUUAUAUAAUGGACUAUCGCCAACACUGGUUGAGAUUGUUCCUUAUGCUGGCCUUCAGUUUGGCACCUAUGAUACUUUUAAACGUUGGACCAUGGCCUGGAACCGGCACAGGUUUUCUAAUACAAGCUUAACCAAUAUUGAUGAUAGUCUUUCAAGCUUUCAGCUUUUUGUCUGUGGAUUGGCUGCUGGAACAUGUGCCAAACUUGUCUGUCAUCCUCUUGAUGUGGUCAAAAAAAGGUUCCAGAUUCGAGGACUACAGAGGCAUCCAAAGUAUGGUGAGCGAGUUGAGCACUACAGAAAUAUGCUUGAUGCUCUGCGAAGAAUCUUUCAAGCGGAGGGUUGGGCUGGCCUUUAUAAGGGCAUUGUACCUUCAACCAUCAAGGCUGCGCCAGCUGGUGCUGUAACGUUUGUAGCUUAUGAAUUCACAUCAGACUGGCUGGAGUCUAUUUUGACUUGAAACUAACAAAUAUUUUUUUUGUGUUAGUAUUUUCUUUUCUUAUUCAUUGGGAUCAUGUCAUUCUUUUUCCUAUAGCCUUCAAAGGCCCCCAUAGAAGUGGGAUGAUCAUUGUUUCCUAUGAUUUAGUCAUUAUAAAAUAGGUGUAGUUUUGUACGUUUUAGGGUAAGAUAGUGAGGGUAAAAGUAGAUAUAGAGCUUGAAGUGAAUUUUGUAGUUUCUGCACUGCAGUUAACAAUAAUAUUUAUGAUCCAAUGGAGCUUGUUCAUGAUA